GUCCUCUGAGCGCAUGAGGACGGCCAAAGCACAUUUGAGAUAGAAAAUAGGAGAAACUGGUGAGGAGGACUGUUUAAUGUAACCUGUGGACAGGACGCGGAAUUUAUUAUCCAGCUUAUGUGUUGUUCGUUAGUGUCUGUAGAUAAUUUUCUUCCUUGAAGCACUUCCUUUUUUACAAAGUGACAGGUCCUGUCUGUACAAGCGUUAGGUAGCGUUAGCUAAGCUAAGUUAAGCUAACUUAGCUAAUGGCAGACUGUCCACUGGCCAUACUGUAGUGUUUAUCUAGUCAUUCUCGCUUGGUGUGAAUAUAUAUACUGUAUAUAUACAGCUGUAUAUAUUUGGAGCUUGUAGUUUAAGCGGUUUUGUCUGAAUAUCAGGUUGUGAUAUACUUCCUUGCUACCAAGUAACUAGCUUAUCCAUGUGGUUUGACAGAGUGACAUUGCAUACUGUUUGUUAGCUGCAGAGCUUCAGAGCUGCAUUGAGCCAGCUGGCCAGGUAUGUACACACAUAAGGAGAGCUUUUACCGCUGCCUUAGAUCCAGCAAGAUGCACAGAUGCUGAAACGUGCCUUUGCAUAGCUACUGCACAGAGGAGGUCAGUUGUAUUCACAUAGCGGGGUCACAGUUGGUGCUGGUGCUCCACGUACUUGGACUUAGACCAUGUUUCCCUCCGUCCACCGUCGACCCAUUUGCAGCAUCAGUGCCCGUGCUGUCCGCCUGCAGUGCUCCAGUGCUUCCAGAGAGGCCCACAGUGCUGCACAUGUCAAAUCUGGCCCUGUUGCAUGGAUGGGUGGAAGUCUGGGCCAGCUUUUGACAUGGCUCCACAAAGCAGGAGAAGGUGCAGGUGGGGUUGGGAAGAAGAAGAAAGAAGGGUUGCUGACCAUCUUGGCCAACCACUGUAGUUUUGUGACCGGGCAGAGACUACGAAGAGCUUUUCAGAUAGCUGAGCUGUACUCUAACCUUUACUCUGAAAGGACCAGGUGGACCCUGGUGGGCAGCAUUUGGCGCCGACUGCAAGGCAGGCAUUCCCAGGCUGGAAAACUCGUGGCUGCCCUGGCUGGGGUCUUCAUGUGGGAAGAUGAGAAGAUAAGAGAUGACGAAAUGAGAAGAUGCGUGUGGGAGCUGGAGGCACUGGAUGCUGUGAAAAAGCAGGCUGCUGUUACUGGCAGGGGGAACCCUGUGCAGGCAGAAACUGGCUGGGAGAUUGUCAUUGAGAAGAAAGCCUUCAAAGUCUGGAGGAGACCAAUUGAAGGAAGCCACCUUUUUGAGUAUAGAGUAUUUGGUUCCUACACUGACAUUACUCCCAGACAGUUCUUCAAUGUUCAGUUGGACACUGAAUACAGGAAGAAGUGGGAUGCACUGGUCAUCAAACUGGACGUUGUGGACAGGGAUUUGAACACAGGUUCUGAGGUCAUCCACUGGGCCACACAUUUCCCAUAUCCCAUGUACUCCAGAGACUAUGUCUAUGUGCGGCGCUAUGACGUGGACCUCAAGAACAACUUGAUGGUCCUGGUGUCCCGAGCUGUGGAACACCCAGGCGUCCCUGAGUCACAGGACUUCGUUCGGGUUCACUCAUACCGCUCCAGAAUGGUCAUCCGUCCGCACAAAUCUUUUGAUGAGAAUGGCUUUGACUACCUGCUGACCUACAGCGAUGACCCCCAGACGGUUUUUCCUCGCUACUGUCUGAGCUGGAUGGUGUCCAGCGGUAUGCCUGAUUUCCUGGAAAAGUUGCACGUAGCAGCUCUGAGAGCAAAGAAUCUAGAGGUCAGUAUCCAUGACUACGUGGGUGUGAUGAAGCCUCAGCAGAUGCCUGCGGAGCGGCUGGAGGACGGCGCUCGCACUGCGGGCUCCGCCCACGUUUAUGCCUGAGCAUAACUGCCUCGCCGCACGUACAUGGGCCGAUGCUUACGGGAAACAUGACCACAGAGGACGCAAGUUUGCGUGAUUGUAUGGUCACCGUGACUGGUCAGAUGGAGAAGACACCAUCUUCUGCCUUGUAACACACAGGCAGCUGCUGCUGCUGUAGGCGGAGAAGAGCUGCUGCAGCAGGAGCCGGUUUCUACUGUGCGCUGUGCGGCUUUUUUCAGAUUUUUUUUUUUUUUUUUUCUGGCCAUCAGAUCUGGAACAGGCUAUGAUACGAACUCUGAUGGAGAUGAGCCUGUUGUGCAAACUUAGAUGAAUUGGUUAGUACAUUUGUCUACACUCUUAAAAAUAAAGGUUCUAGGCUUCUAGGGAAAAAACUUUCAUUGUUUAUGACUUGCGUUAUGGGGAGGUUCUUCACACCUGCACAUUGUGCUUGCAAAAAUGAUUCUUUAAAGAUCCGUCCAUUGAAAGGUUCUUUAGGAAAGCAGGAGUGAUUCAUCUGUGGAAUCACUCCAAAGAAACCCUUUUUGGCACCUUAACUUUUAAGAGUGUUCCCCCACAUACCUGUGCAUGUAAGGGCUCAUGUGUUCAUCUCUGCUUAACUUUUGCUAGGACUGAGCGGUUCUGUGUCAUUUCAGCAUCCUCGCCAACAUCGUUCAGGCUGAUAUUUGGUCAAAAAUGAUCGUAACACUAUAUCGCUUCUGUCGGAACAAAACCUCGUAUUUUCAAAAUGACAACAGGGGAAAAAAAAAACUUUUAAUGGUCCAUUCAUAAUGACAUUUACAUACAGUGGUAUGUUCAAAUGAUGU